CGUCCCGCUCUGGCGGCUCUUCAGGCGGCGUUGGCCUGCGGGGCCCGAAGAGCCUCAACACCAGAUCACUGGAGGCUCUUUGUGUGACGGAAACUAACUGACAGAUGAGAUUUAACUUCAUGUAUCUGAGUAAAAAGUUAUGUUAGAAUUAGAAAUAACAUUUUCAUCAUUGUUAUUUCUUGUCUGGUUUGUAAACAGGAAACGGUCUUUAUUUCACACUUCACUGACCAGGGAGAACUCUGUCCAAACUAUUAUCACGCUUUGGUGGUGGAACACCUUGACGCACGAUCCCAGUCAGCCAAUCAGAGGCCAGGACCACGGUGACGUCAUCAGUUCGACCUUCAUGAACAGAAGCAGCAGAUUGUUGGUGCAGCAGCUGCUCGACUCGACCCGCCUGAGUCUCGGAUCAGAACCGGGCCGGCAGCACUCAGCGGCCGCCGCCGCUCCUCCCGGGGCUUUAAUUGGCCCAGAGCUCGCCGCAGGCCGCCAUUAUGGAGCAGAUGAGGCCCGUUUUCUCCAAGCGAGCUGGGAGUGGCCGACGCCGCGGACGUCCAGCGGCGAGGAGGCUGCUGGCAGUCAGGGAGCCGCCGCUGUGGUCCAACAAAUCCCCUCUGCCCGGCCCACCGUCAUUAGGAUCCCAGCAGGGAGGAAGGGAGGCGGGUCGAACAUCUGCCCCGCUGAACCUGACUUAGACCUCCAGGUAGCCCACCUGGAGCCGGCCGCCUCGUUAGGCCUGAACUGGACCAGAACCAGAACCUUUACAGCUGACAGGCCGCCUACCAUCAGACCAGUCAGGACCAGAACCGGCGCCAAAACCUACAUCUCACAUUUAAUCACAGGAAACGUGAUUAAAAGUUCAGAUUGAACCACAUUCUGAUAAAAUGGACCAACUACCAUCUAUUCUAUUCUAU